AUGCGCGCGUCCUUACAGUUCCGCCAGGGCGACGGCUCGCACCACUCGCCGUGCGGUCCGCUCUUCCGCCUUAAAUUGCCCGUGUCGCUGCUAGGCCUUCCGCUUCCGCUCUUCUCCGGCUGUUCCCUCGGCUCCGCACCUUCCGACGUCUCUCUCUCCCUCGGUACUGCCUUCACCGCCGGUCCCUCCCUCCGCCUCACCUACCGCCCCAUCCGCGCAUCCGCCCUCUCCACCGCCCCUCGGGAUGAUUCUACGGAUGCCGCCGGGGAUUCCGGCGGAAAUUCCGCGUCGCUCCAUCUUGUGCUGAAGGCGGGGCUCGGUCGGCUCGGGUCGUCCCGCGAUGCGUCUUUGUCGGUAGCUGCGGAGCUCGAGUUCUGCCCUUCCGCCAUUGCCUCGGGCGGAGCGCCAUCCAGUGGCGUUGGGGGAAGCGCCUUCCGCGUCCCCCUGCGCGCGCAUAUCCGCUUCAAGGCCGAGCCGCGCGUAGGAGACCUUUCGUUCCGCCGGUUCCCCUCCGCUGCGGUAGCUGCAGUGCCGAAAGCAGUCACAGCCGCUUCCGCAGAAACAAUUUCGCCUGCGCGGAACGCGAAGCCAUGCGCGCAAAGCAGCAGCGGGAGCGGGGAGCCCUCGGUAUCCGCGUGCACUGCGCUGUCCAUUGGGCCGCGCAGCCGGAGCUCCAGUCCGCAGAGCGGCGGAAGCAGCAACGGGGGCAGCCGGGGGGCCAGCCAAAGGGGCAGUCCAGGGCCGGGAGCAGUGGGCGGAGGCGGGGAAAUGGCUUUAGCAGACGGACUAGAUGCUUCCGCCGCAGCUGCUUGCAAUGGUAUUCCGCCCGCCGCCUCCUCCGCCAUAUCCUCCCCCAGGGGCCCAGCUGCUGCUGCUGCUGCUGCUGCUGCUGCUGCGUCACCCUCCGCGCAGAACAGCGGGAACAUCAAUGAGGGAGUGGUGGCGGGUGGAGCAAGCGACAGCCCCCCAGGAGAAGGCACAGGAGGAGGCGGGGGCAUGGCACAGCUUGCUCUUUCUUCCUCUGUAGCAGUCCCAGCAGCUCGCGUGCUGUCUCAGCGUCUCACGCUCUCCCCCAGCCCCCCUCACUCCCCUACAGCUGCUGCAGCAGCGGCUGCUGCCACAGCGGCGGCAGCUGCAGACGUGGCUGCAGUAGCAGCAUCGGGGCAGCAGGUGACGUGGCAGUGGUCUGCAGCUGACGUGGCAGCCGCUGUGAGAAACGCAGGGUGGGGAAUCGGCGUACGCAGCAGUGUGCCACUUGGCACUCACGGAGUGGCAUCUCUCCGCUGGCGUCUCACCCUCCCUCACUCCACCCCCUCUCCCUCCUCCCCUCCACCUCAUCCUCCUGCUCCAGUUGGUUCAUCCAGCAGCAACACUCAAAACAACAGCAGCAGCUGGCUGUCGUCUACCCAUGCGCCGACACUGCACCUGGAUAAGAUCAGUGUGGACGUGCGCACUGGCGCCUUCCGCUUCAUCCCUGCCUGCUGGGCCAUGCACGAACCCCAACCACCCCUUCCAGACUCACUACCUCAGCCCCUCCCGCCGGGUGCUAUCUCAGGCACUGGCACCGCCACCACCCGCCCGCCCGGCCUGCCCACACCCACCACUCUCGUUCUGCCAGGUGUCGCGCCUCGGCUGCUUCUCAUGCCAUCUGGACCCCUUGGGUUCCGGCCUGCUCUGGUGCCGCCAGGUGGCAGCGCAGGAGUGGGUGGCAGGGGGCAGGGGGGAGGCGGAGGGAUGGUGGGCGAGCAGGGGGAGGUAGCGCGGCUUAGGAGUGAGCUGGUGGGGGUGAGGGCAGAGGGGCAGCGGCUGAGGCAGCAGGUGGAUGAACUCAGAGCUGCAGUGUCCAAGGCCGAUGCAGGGGAGGCCGGUAAGGCAGGCGGUGUGGGGGAAACGAAGGGGAAGGGAGGGAAGGAGGGUGGGGCUGGGGCGACUGCAGCUCCAGGGCGGGCAGAGGCAGGCAAGGGUGGUGGCAGUGCUGCUGCUGCUGCUGGCAGUGGGGGUAGCGGCAAGGAUGGUAAAGCAGCAGCGCCUGCACCAAGUGCGGCUGGCUCGGCCCCUGCAGGGGUGGGGGCUGGCAGUAAGGCGCAGAGCGGGGGAAGUGGUGGUUCUGAGAAGGAGAAGCAAGGUGGAGGGCUCUUUGGGGCAACCAUGGAGGGGCAUGGGCCAGCAGUGGGGAAAGGAUCAGUGGCAGGUCAGGGGGCGUUGGGUGCUAGUGCUGGUGCUGUUGCUGCUCAGCUGGAGCUGGAAGAGGGGCUUAGGCAGGCGAUUCUGCAGGCACGAGCAGGGGCUGCAUAG